GGUGGGCUAUAAUAUAUGGCUGUGAAUGUGACGCUCAACUUGCCACCACCUCUCAUUAGGGUACACCAUGACAUGAGGCUCCCGCGCCACAUAACAAAACUAGUGGCUGAUGGGUUCUACAAAGAAGCCUUCUCCUUGCACUCUCAACUCCACUCUUCCUCCCUGCCUCCUGACCAUUUCACCUUUCCUCCUCUCCUCAAAGCAUGCGCCAAGCUUAGGUCUCCCCUCCAGGGCCAAAUUAUCCACGCUCAUCUCACGAAAACUGGCUUUCACUCAAACCUGUACACAUUCACUGCUCUCUCUCAUAUGUAUAUGAUGCUUCAUCUUUUCCAGGAUGCUCUAAAAGUGUUCGGUGAAAUGCGUGACCGAAACCUGGCCUCUCUUAACGCUGCAAUUUCUGGGUUUUCUCAAAAUGGGUAUCGCGAGAAGGCCUUUUUAAUGUUUAGAGAGGUGGGAUUGUGUGGGUUUAGACCCAAUUCACUUACCAUUGCCAGUCUGUUGCCUGCUUGUGAUAGUGCUGAACACUGUUUGCAAGUGCAUUGCUGGGCUAUAAAGUUGGGUGUGGAAAAGGAUAUAUAUGUUGCAACGUCGUUGGUGACUAUGUACUCCAACUGUGGAGAGAUAAUUUUGGCUACAGAAGUGUAUGGAGAAAUGCCUAAUCGCAAUGUGGUGAGUCAUAAUGCUUUUAUUUCAGGGCUUUUGCAGAAUGAGGUGCCAAGUGUAGCUUUGAAUGUGUUUAAGGACAUGAGAAAAUGUUCAACUGUUAAACCAAAUUCAGUUACAUUGGUUUCUGUUAUUUCUGCCUGCGCUUGUCUUUUGCAUCUUCAGUUUGGGAAACAGGUUCACGGGUUCAUAAAGAAGACUCAGGCGAGUUGUGACACUAUGGUGGGGACUGCACUUGUGGACAUGUAUUCCAAGUGUGGUCAUUGGAAAUGGGCAUAUGAAGUGUUCAUUGAUCUAAAUAGCAAUAAGAACUUGAUAACGUGGAAUGCAAUGAUUACUGGGAUGAUGUUGAAUGGUCAGAGUGACAAUGCUGUUGAUUUGUUCAAACUUUUAGAAUCUGAAAGACUGGAACCUGAUUCAGCAACAUGGAAUUCCAUGAUUAGCGGGUUUGCACAAUUAGACAAGGGGAUCGAAGCUUUUAACUUAUUCAAGAAAAUGCAAUUUUCUGGGGUAGUCCCAAGCUUGAAGUCUAUUACAAGCCUAUUGCCAGCUUGUGCAUCUUUAUCUGCUUUGCAACAUGGAAAAGAGAUUCACGGGCAUGCUAUUAGAAUUAAUAUUAAUACUGACGAAUUUAUGGCUACUGCACUCAUUGACAUGUAUAUGAAAUGUGGGUAUUCCUCUUGGGGACGGAGAGUUUUUGAUCAGUUUGAGAUAAAGCCCAAAGACCCAGCAUUUUGGAAUGCAUUGAUAUCUGGAUAUGGAAGAAAUGGAGAGAAUGAGUCUGUAUUUGAGGUUUUUGACCAGAUGCUGGAGGAGAAGGUGAAACCAAAUUCAGCAACUUUUAUUGCGGUUUUAUCUGGGUGUAGUCACACGGGUCAAGUUCACAGAGGGUGGCAAGUUUUCAGGAUGAUGUCUAUAGACUAUGCCUUGAAACCAAAGGUAGAGCAUUUUGGUUGCAUGAUUGACAUGUUGGGUCGAUUGGGUAGGCUGGAUGAAGCUAAGAAACUAGUAGAAGACAUGCCUGAGCCUCCUGCUUCUGUUUUUACUUCUUUGCUUGGUGCCUGUAGGCAUCACUUGCAUCCUGAGCUGGGAGAAGAAAUGGCCAUGAAGCUCUCAGAGCUAGAACCGGGGGAUCCAACUCCUCUUGUGACUCUGUCAAACAUUUAUGCUCUAAUGGGAAGGUGGGGAGACGUAGAAAGAAUCAGGCAAAUAAUAGAAGAUAGAGGAUUAAGAAAAUUGCCAGGAUAUAGUUCUAUUGGAGUUACAUAAGAAAGAAUUACAUCCAGUGGUAACUGAUGAAACAGCUUUAACUCCAACCUUUACUAGUCUCUGAGACUUGUUACAUUUCUGCAUCACCAGAAGUUAUUAUAGAUUUUGACAGCAGAAGUAUCAAUCAUUGAACAUUUCAUUUGCCCCUAAGUAGUUAUCAGAGUAGUUAGGGGGCUCAAAUAUGAAACAGGAGAUCACGCCAACAACUUCAUUUUCAUUGCCAGCGACCACAUAAAUCCUGUGAACCGCCAUUGAAGCUAGACUAUGGAUUACACUAGCAAGAGUUGCAUCUAGCUUGCAUGUUAUUGGCGGGAUGACUCUGCUAAUUUCUUGGGUUGAGCUGAUAGUUUUCAUGCAAUCUGUUACUGUGAGCUGCCUGAAAGAAAAAUGGUUUGAGUAGCAAGUGCCUUAUACCCCUUAUGUUUCUCCCAACAAUCUUCUUCUUUGGCCCCUCUACAACUGGAAGACUACCAAUUUGGUUCUCUCUUAUUUGCUUGAAAGCUUCUAGAAUCAGUUCAUUGCUCUGGAUUCCAACUACCUGGCAUGCAGACAUAAUAGCAAGCUUGAAAAUCCAAACUAAGUGGUCCUGGGAGAGUACUUAUAUGAAAAUUACUCAACUCAUUGGGAGACAUGAAAGGAAGUUCAAAAUCUGAAAUAGAUUGUGCAGCAAUACAAUUGAACCAAACCCCUCUAGAGUCUAGACCCUGAACAAUUGCGGAUUGGGUAAUGAAGUUCUUAAUAUCAUGGUUUCCUGGUUCAAUCACAGGUACAUUGCGCAGCCUAUAUUUUGAGAGUAGAAGUAAGGCGUUCGACAUUGAAUUAUCCGUUGCAACUGGAUGGAAAGCAGCCCAGCGGUAUGAGUUGAGUACUGAUCUCAACUGUGUGACAGGAAAAUAAAAUUGUGGCCAGAAAAAGAUUAACCCUCUUAUCCCCAUUGGUUCAAUCAGUCAACAGUACUCAAUGAAGUAUGGCCUAUUAUCUUUGUUCAAGGAAGAAAUAAACCUGCUGAUUUAUUAAAGAGACAUCUGUUACUGGAGCUAAUCAAAAUGCAAGCUUGAGAUUUGGAUGCAUCCCAGACUCAUUCUGAAAGUAAACUUACGGUGGUUGACUUGAAUGGUUCUUCUUGAAGGAUAAGUUUGUAGAAGUCCUUCCCCAAGUUGUCAGCAGCUGUGGGGCCAUUUUUCCCAGCCUCUUAUCUGCAGCCAUGCCACCAACCACAGCAGCACCAACUGCAGCAGCAGUUAGCCCAGCAAUUGUAGCCGGAACUGUGAUGCCCAAUGCUACUGCUCCAAGAGUGCCAACAGCUUCUGUGCCCACUUCAGCAGCUGUUGCAGUACUGGCUAAUAAGGCAACAUCUGCAAGUUCUGCACUCUCUAACACCCAGAGAACAAUUGCUGAAUGUACCUAGUUCUCCAGUUCAAACUAGUUCCUGCAUCAGGGUUUUUCACAGGAGCAGCCAUAAUGUUGCAUUCAGAUAAGAUCUUGACAGCAUCAGCAAUGGAGGUUUCUGCUGGAAUUUGAAUGGCUAUAAAAAUGAAGAUGUAAAGCACCAUUAAGCGAUUAAAGAAUAUUUCAUUUGUUUACUGCCAAGUGCAGUAAAAUUGUAGAAGCCAGAACAUUUCUGCAAUCACCUUUGCUGCCAGGCGCUAGCGGGAAUGAUGAGACUGGAAUCCUUGCAAAUGCAGAACUUAAAAGUCUCCUGCAAUGAUUGUGGUAACUUCUUCCUGGACUGAAUUAUCUCAAAAUAAGCAUCGUAGUUUGCAAAUUUGGAAUGAUGCCUUACACCCCUUACCUCUUCUGCAUGUGCCAUAUCUAUAUUCAUUGCAUAGAACAAAAUUCAUUAUCAUUCCCCUUCAUUAAUGUAAUGAAUCUUUUGCAAUUGAAUUCAUUGUCUAAUAUGAUGCAACUUCGAUUUGUAUGAGAUAGUUGCUCAA